CUAAACUACGCUGCUCUUCCUCUCCCCUUUUGCCUAUCUGUCAUCAUAUAUGGCGGCUCUUAUCAUUCCCCAACCCUUCCCUCCUCCUCUUUCUUCCUCCUCCUCUUCCUCUCCUCUCUCACUCUUCCUUCUCCGGCCACCCCACCAACCCAUUUUCCCUCUACCUUCCACCACCCUCUGAUCAAUUCCCACCCAUACAUACCCUAACAAACACUGUCCAUCGAUCAACACUUAGAUUCACUCAAAAACCCUUAAACUCUUCCAUCAUGGCCCGUAGAUUCGAUCCACCGGAAGAAUCUGAACCUCUGCCGGAGAUGGGACCGGACUCUCCCUCCUCCGGUGAUGACAUCAAUACUGCAGCUCCGUCUCCCAAGAAAAGGAAGGGGAUAAAGAAGAAGGUGGUGGUAGUACCGAUCGGUGACGUGGAGGGAUCCAAGAGCAAAGUCGAGACGUAUCCACCGUCCGAUUCUUGGGCUUGGAGAAAGUACGGCCAGAAGCCUAUCAAGGGGUCUCCGUAUCCCAGGGGAUAUUACCGAUGUAGCAGUUCGAAGGGUUGUCCCGCCCGGAAACAAGUAGAGAGAAGCCGUGUGGACCCCACCAAGAUCAUCGUCACCUACGCUCACGACCACAACCACUCCAUCCCGGCCGGCAAGCUUCACUCCGCCACCGCCACCGCCACCUCCCCUUCAUCCUCCUCCUCGGCCGCUGUUGCUGACGCUAACGACGGCGUACCGACCGAAUCGGACUCUAAAGUCGAACCGGAGGAGAAUCUCACGGUGUUCGCGAGCCAUCCCGAUCUAGAACUCGACGGCGACUCGGCUGUUCUGCUCGGCGACCACCAUGGCCAAUUCGGAUGGUUCGAUGACAUGGCAUCCACGACGAGAGUGCUGGAAAGCCCGAUCUUCGGCGGAGAGUUGGAGGAUAUGGCGUUGAUGACGAUGAGGGAGGAUGAAGACGAGUCGCUGUUCGCGGAUCUCGGCGAGUUGCCGGAAUGUUCGGUUGUUUUCCGGAGAAGAAAUAUUCCGAGAUCGAGCGCGAUCCAGUGCGGUAGGAUCACAGGAUAACAGUAAUAGGGCGGAAUCUUUUUCUUCCGUUCUGCUUAGCUAAUGGGAAUACACUAUUCGCCACCUGAAAGUCGUGCGCGAUAGAAAAUGGGGGAAAAAAGAUAGUAAUAAAAAUUCUUUAAAUAAAAUAAUAUUUUUACAAUCCCAGGCUCUUCUCUCUAUGUUUCUUGUUCUUGUACAUUUGAUUAAUAUUAUUUUUUAUUACAUCUUUUCAUGUGAUAUGUAAAUUAUUGUAAUGAGUUUCACAUAAUCAUGUGUUAGCAUGU